AUGACAGACCUCGAAGACUGUAAAAAUUUAGUCGAAUUUCAAUCCCCCGGAACCCCUAAUUUUGUUGUUCCUGAUGUACACAAUAACCAGAAUUUUGUGAUAGCUUAUCAUAAUAGAAUUGAAACAGUCAAAUGGAAUUCUUUAACGAAUGAUCCAAGUCAAGUUUUGAAGAUAUUUACCGACAUCAACCUACCGGCAAACGAAGCAAUUAAUUAUGGAAUUGCCGAUACGUCGGGCGCACUAUGGUUUGGGACAAUGAGAACAGAUGGAACAAAGUUGGGAAAAUUGUGGACCUACUAUCCUCAUCCGCGUGCAUCGGUACUUAAGGAACAGAAGCUUCCAGGAAUUGAUUUGAGCAAUGGAAUAGCGUGGCACGUAUACAAUAAAGAGAUAUUCUAUUGUAUCGAUUAUGUGAAUAAUAAAAUUCUGUCGUACGAGUAUGAUGUGGUAAAAAGGAAGGUUAAGAGGAUAACUGGUAUCGCCUUUGACUUGGAAUCUUGGUAUGAACUACAUUCACCUCGUCUUUACUACGGUCAUGCCAGGCUAGGGCGUAUGACAAUUGAUACCAAAGGACGGCUCUGGGUGCCUCUUAAUGGAGGUUCACAUGUCCUUCAAAUUGAACCACGUGUUUCAGCAGUGUAUGAAAUUAUUCGCAUACCUGCAGUCAAAGUCAACGCAUGCGUUUUCGGAGGCAUUGGAAAUAAUGUUUUAUAUGUAUCAACACUGAAAUGUGAAACAAAUGAAAAUUGUCCAGAUGGCGAUCAGGGUGGUAGCAUUUUCACCAUCACUAACUUUGAUAAGGGUGUGAAGGGAGAGGAUGCAUCGCCAUUCGUGUUCCCCUCUUUAUAUAACAAAAGAAACAAAAGCUAA